AUGCUGGUUUCGGACGUGAGACAUGCCUCAUCUGUGGGCGAAGAAGUAGCAGCCCCCAACAGUCAAAAGGCGCGGAAAAGACACCGCAUGCGCCACACUAAAUCUCGCCAUGGGUGUUUGACGUGCAAAUCCCGAAGGGUUAAAUGUGAUGAAGCUCGUCCUGUAUGUGGCGCCUGCUCUUCUCGUGGGGAGCCAUGCUCCUUCCCUGACAAAACCGGGAUUCCCUGCAAGCCAAACAGCCCCUCUCGGAUGCGAGAAGCAGGGCCACGCGCCCGGAGUGGCGGUGUUCCCCAUGAUCUACAACCCUAUCUAGAACCAUUGGAGGCCGAUACAGCGGGGACUCCCCAGUCAGUAAACGAGGACCUACUGGAAAUGGGCAAUCUCCUCAUGAUGCAGUUUUAUCAUCUGCACACAGCCAAAAAGAUGUCCGCAGAUCAAAAACGGGCCCGGGUCUGGCAGCGGGUGAUUCCCCACCUCGCCGGAAGGAAUCGUUAUCUUAUGCACCUGCUCCUCGCUUUGGGUGGCAUACACAUGAUCACAGAGCGGCUGAGGCACAGGACUGCUGAAGAAAGCGACUUGUCUGAAACAGUGGAUCUUCGGGCUGUUAUGAGGCAUCAUCAGAAAGGGCUAGAAGACUUCAGAGAGGAUAUGGCGCAAAUAUCCAACUCUAAUGCUGAGGCUGUCUACGCCGGCUCUCUACUUCUGGCUGGAUUUAUCUUCGCAUCCCUCCAGGUCCCUGAGCUCAACCCAAAUGUUACAACUGCCAAUUCGGUCUCUGUUCCCCAUGCUAAGCUGGCUGCAUCUGAUCCGAGGGGUCUCGAGCGUGAUCCAGGAUCAAUGGUCAACCUUGAAGGCUAG